AUGGGACAGAAACUUUCUAAGGAAGCAGUUUUUAUUCAAGACCUAAAAAAUAGUCUUAGGGAAAGAGGUAUAAGAGUUAAAAAGAAAGAUCUUUUAAAAUUUUUUCUGUAUAUUGAUGGGGCAUGUCCCUGGUUUAUAAUUGAUGGUCCUACCAUCCAUCCAAAAAAGUGGCAAAAAGUGGGCCGAGAACUUAAUGAUAAAUUGAUUAGAGAAGGACCUGAUAGUGUCCCAGCCACUGUCUUUUCCUAUUGGGGACUUAUUAGAGAUAUUCUAGAGGCAGAUGAUGAUGAUCCUCAAAAAAGGCGCCUCCUUUCUGUCGCCGAGUUUUGUCUCCGGCCGCUUUCACCACCGGCCCCCAAGGCCCCCUCCAGAGCCUUGCCAGUUGCUAUUGAUAUGCCUUCAGAAGCUACUUCAGAGGCUACUCCUUUAAAAUAUUUGCCUCAACAAAUUUAUCCAUCCCUUAUUGCCCUCAGAGAUGAGCCUCUGGACCCAGGGGAUGCUGCCACCCUGGAGGAAGAGGCUGCCAGAUAUCAUGACCAAGAUUGGUCCUCACCCCCUCCUUACCCUUUGCCACCAACCCUUACAGGCCCAGCUUUUCUUCCUUCUUUACGAGCGCCCCUGUGUAAAGCUAAGGCUGACCUUACAGCUAAGACCUCAGAUAGUAAAACAACAAAAAGCCGCCAGAGGCCCCCCAAUAAAUCAGGGCCGAAAGUGUUUCCUGUUCUCACUCGAGCUCGUGCAGCAGCACUUGAGCAGAGGCCAGAGCCCUCAGCCCCUGAUACUACUGAAGCCCCUUCCGACCUUGACUAUGAUCCAGACACUGAUAAUCAGCCAUCUAGUGACAGUGAGGGUGAGGGAGCUGACCAAAGAGAUUAUAAAACUCUUCAGCCUGCAUUUAAGCCACUUAAAUUUAAACAUAUUAAAGAUCUCCAUAAUGCCAUUAAAAAUUAUGGUGCAAAUGCUCCCUUUACACUGUCUCUCCUUGAGAGCUUGUCAGGCAAUGGAUAUCUUUUACCAGGAGAAUGGAUUAAAGUAAUAAAAACAGUUGUUGACCGGCCUCAGUUUCUAAUUUGGAAGGCAGAGUUUUUAGAUCGAGCACAAAAUAUUGCCAGCCGCAACCAGAGAAAUCCCUUAGCCCCCACCGCUUCCUGGUCAGCUGAUAAGAUCUGCGGACAGGGCAAGUAUUCUUCUGAAGAAAAACAAAAGGGCUUGUCGCCUGGCAUCUUAGCUCAGACUGCCGAGGCCGCUUUAGGUGCUUGGAGAGUAAUGCCUCCUAAAGGAUCUGCUUUCUCUCCGCUCAGUAAAAUCACACAAGGUCACCAAGAACCCUUCGCACAGUUUGUCGCAAGGAUUCAAGAAACUGUAGAGAGAAUGUUCGGGCCUGAAGAGACAGAGGGAAAGAUGGUUAAACAACUUAUAUUAGAAAAUGCAAACCCCGCCUGUCGUGUUGCCUUACGUGGCAAAGAUAACCUGGAAGUUAGCCAAAUGAUUCGUCUUUGUGCAGAUAUAGAUCCCUUUGGACAUCAAGUGGGACAGGCCAUCACUAUGGCCAUGGGGGCAAUGAUGGAUAAGGCAGCUACUAUGGCUAUAGGAGCAGUGAUGAAUAAGACAUCUGAUAAAUCCUGCUUCCGCUGUGGCCAAGCGGGCCAUUUCGCCCGCCAAUGCCCUACUAAUGUUGCUGCCCCCCUUGGCCCAGAGACAAAUAAACAACACUCUAUGCCCUUAGGGCUCUGCCCUUGGUGUAAACGUGGCCGGCACUGGGCUAAACAUUGCCGUUCUAAAACAGAUGUUUCAGGAAACCUUCUCCCACCAGUUUCGGGAAACGGAGGGCGGGGCCAGCCCCGGGCCCCUCAGCCAGUCUCCUUCCUGCCAGCCUUGGGGAACAGCCAGGCAGGGCCACAACAAACCCUUCAACAACAGCUCCCAGAUCAGCCUCAACCCUCCAUAGGGCUACCCCAGGGAGCGCAGGAUUGGACCUCAAUGCCUCCUCCGAUACAAUAUUAG